AUGCAUUGCUCCAAUGAAGGUGUGGUGGCUUCUGAAGGCGGUGUCGGGAGGGAUCCCAAAAAUCAAACUGGCCCGGAUUAUUAUGAAGGAUACGUUGUGACCGUUCAGAAUCCAGAAGACAUGGGCAAACUAGCUGCUCUUUUUGGAAUCAGCGAGACGGACGAUGAGAAUGGAUCGAAUCGAAUGAAUAUGAUGUCAAAAGGGACAUUUGUAUUGGUCUACGUUCCCCAGCUUGCUGAGGCUGACAAAAUGAAGAACGCGGUGAAUUCUGUUGAAGGAUCGGGACAGGAGGAAUGGGGAUUUGGAGUCACUCCGAUAACCCGCGGCUCGUCUCGAGGACUGAUUGGCAAUCGAUAA